UUUGAUGGAGUGAGCUGUGUUUGGUGUUUAUGUUUAAUUUGAGAAUAAUUCCUUCGGGGAUGGAAAUAACUUUUAAAAUAGAAUCUACAUUUAAUUUAUGUAUACCCGUAAUUACUUAAAUAAUAUUAUUUUCAAGAGAUUUUCAGAUAUUGUCCAGUGCUAAGUGGUUAAGAAAACUUAAAAAUGUUUUACGCACAUUUUGUAUUGGCCAAAAAGGGGCCGCUAGCCCGAAUUUGGCUAGCUGCCCAUUGGGAUAAAAAACUUACGAAGGCCCAUGUCUUUGAAACCAAUAUUGAAAAAUCUGUCGAUGGUAUUUUACAACCUAAAGUGAAAAUGGCAUUAAGAACUUCAGGCCAUCUACUACUGGGUGUUGUAAGAAUUUAUUCAAGGAAAGCAAAGUAUUUGCUAGCAGAUUGCAAUGAGGCGUUCGUAAAGAUUAAAAUGGCAUUCAGGCCGGGAAUGGUAGAUCUACCUGAAGAACACAGAGAAGCUGCUGUGAAUGCCAUUACAUUGCCAGAAGUCUUCCAUGACUUUGAUACAACAAUGCCCGAACUCAACGAUGUAGACAUUGAAGCUCAGUUUAGUUUGAACCAAUCUCGAGCCGAAGAAAUUACGAUGAGGGAAGAUUAUGGAAAUAUUUCAUUAGUUAACAAUGACGAUGGAUUUGGAGAUAUGGGAUUCGAUACUGACGCUCCAGACUUAAUGAGACACGCUUCAGGAUUAGAACCUUCCAUGGAACAAAGCAAUCUACUAUUCAGCGAACCCGUUCUGGAACCGGUAGGAUUGGAGAAAGAAAGGGAACCUGUACCGUCAACGUCAGGAACUCAACAUCACGAGACGCCGAUGGAAAUCGACACGUCAGUCCGAGAUGUUGGUUUUGAGGCGAAUUUGGAUAACAACAUGAUAUCGGGUGGUUUAUUUGAAGGUGGCCUCUUCGACGAUGCCCCGAUGGGAGAGGUGCCACCGGUAGACGCCAGUAUACCGCAUCCCACGCCCCAAGAUAUACCACCCCCUGUCGAGAGUGAUGAUGACGAAAUGGAUAAUUUCGGAGGGCCACCGUCUGUGGGAGGAAUGAGUGAUGAAUCUCGACCCGGCUCUGUCGCUCAGCAGCUGCCGCCUGCCCCUACACCCACACCUUCGGUGCACUCCGUGCAUCCGGAGCACCCCCCAGAGCCCCAGCCCGAGGAGCCGGCUCCCGUUGCCGAUCAGACCACCCUUCUACAAAACGAAGAAGAAAGUUUCGCUCUAGCUCCUGUCGACGCAAGCGCUUUGAAAGAUGAAUUCUACCUAGGUCUAACCAAGGCCAAACGGAAAAGGAAGCUCAUAGUCGACGAGGUCAAGAACAUAUCAGGUGAGGAGAUGAAGAACCAGUUGAGCGACACCAGCGAUAUCGUUACGACGCUGGAUUUGGCACCGCCCACGAAACGACUGAUGCACUGGAAGGAGACCGGAGGGGUGGAAAAACUCUUCGCCUUGCCGGCUAGGCUCAUUCCCGCUAGGAUCCUGUUUAAGAACUACCAGCGCCAUCUAACCUUACGGGCGAUAGGAACCGAGGAUUUCGCUAUGUUGGGCGACGCAGAUUCCUUGGCUUUGGAUCAGGUGAGGGACCACGAGGAACAGCCCAGCAUGGAAGCGCCGACGCCCGCCAAGAGGGGAAGGAAAAGGAAAAUCGUGGAGGAACCGAGUCGAACACCGCUGCACCAGCCCGAACAGGAGACGCCUCAGCCCAUGCUACAACCCGAGGAGUCUCUAGCUGCCAUGAUGCCGCCUACUCCCCUGGCGCCUCCGACACCCUUACCACCUCAGAUACCCUACGGAGCGCCACCAACGCCGCUCCCCCAAACUCCCCUGGUGCCACCCAUGACUCCCUUGUUGCCGCACAUGGCGGGACAGGAGGAGAUGCACCUACCUUCCACGCCGCAGGUCCUGAUGCCGCCGCCUACGCCCCAGGGCAUGAUGUACCCCCAGACGCCGGGAUAUCCCGUUCCACCGACGCCUUUGCAACAUAUCGAGGAGAUGCCUCACUUACCGCCCGAUCAAGUACGUUCUAUCCUCCAAGAACAAGAGAGCAUAGCUCACAUACCCCCGAUGACACCCGCUCAUACCGCAGAGGACCUUUUGGGCCACGGGAUGGCAUCGGCGCCUACCCCCCACCAUCCCGGCAUCGACGCUAACCUGCCCCCCGAGCCGUUGGAUAAUCUACAGCACGACCUACCCGCCAUGGAGAAUAUGGGUUACGACCAGAUGGCGAACAUGGGUUACGACGAGCAUCUAAGGGCGCAAACACCGAACGGCGGGAUGUCCGAGAGGGUGCAUUCGCCGUGGACGGGCGACUAUGACUUCCCCCAUUCGGCCGGACCUGCGGAGGAGCAACAGGUGGACGAGACGGACGAGCAGUUCGAGGAGAGGGUUUUGAACAAACGGGCAUAUCAGAUGUUUACGGUGGUCAGGCAGAAACUUCAGCAACAGGACCAGCUGACGUUGUCGGACAUGUGCCACCGGAACACCAAAAAACAGGCGGCGCAGAAGUUUUACAGUUUGCUCGUGCUGAAGAAGUUCCAGGUCCUGGAGCUGGAACAAGAGGACGCGUACGAGGAGAUCUACGUGACGAAAGGACCCAAAUUUGACAACCCGGUAUUGUAAAUUGCUUUAUUUAUUACACUUUAUAGUUAUUUUUCACCUAUAAAUUUAUAUUUCAUACGACCUUGUACAAAAUCUUUAUAUAUAUAUAAUAUAUUUUGUAACGUUAGAAAGUUAUUGUAAAUAAACACACUUUUUACUUUGACGUAAAUCGGGAACAAAGUAUCCAAAUUCUCUUUAAGUUUUUACCAAAGUUUACACUUUUAUAUUUACAACAAAGUUGUCAAGUUGGAUUUUUUUUUAUUAUUGUACAUGUACAUUUAACAUUAAACAUUACAGGUUUUGCGUUCGAACGUCCGCUUUGCGAACUGUCGAGUAAUUUUUUUAUUGUACAGAGUGCCGCUAGGAAUUUUACAUACUUCUACCGUAAGCAGAGUUCCUUAACGGAAAUAUUAAAUCUCCCAUUAAAAAGUGUCUACUUUUACAGGGUCAUUUGUAGAUUUUGAAAAAAAAUUCUUUUCGAUACUAUAUUUGAACAGUUUGUUCAAAUUUUCUAAUUAUUUUGGUGAAACUAUACACCGUUGACUGGCAUAUGACUGACAACCUCAGACAAUCGGAUAUUUCCGAAGAUCAGUCGUAAAAAAUUUAGAGUUCAUAUAAAAAAAUUCACCCUGUAUGCGUUUUUUUUUUUAACAUAACUAGGAAUUCAAGACAAAUGGAUAGCGAAAGCUAUGUAUAUGGUAUUUUUGUCACUUUUGUUGAAUUUUUAAUAAAUAAUAAAUUUUGACACUGGAAAUUCAGCUUAACGGGGCUUCAUAGCAAAUAGGCAACCAGCAAUACAUUUUUAUAGAUUUUAUUG